AUGCAUUCAUAUAGCGGGAGCGAAAAAGAUAUGAUUAUGAGCGAAAGUAAGAAUGGCGUACCCCAUAUAAGUAAUAAUAAGAACGAAGUAGUGGAAAAUUUGAAGGGAAGAAAAGUUUAUUUCAAUAGGAACAAAUUUUACAUUAUACACGAAAUACCUUACAUAGAUUCAUAUAAUUAUAAUUAUGAAAAAAUUGAAAAGUUUAAUAAAUCAAGGGAACUGUUUUAUAUAGAUGGUGAUUCAUCCACUUCAUCUUCGUCGUCAUCUUCGUCAUCAUCAUCAUCAUCGUCAUCAUCAUCAUCAUCGUCAGCUCAUUUUAGCAAUAGUGAAAAUGAAAGCAGCAAAGAUCAGAAGGGCAGCAAUUAUGUAUGUUGUAGAAAUGAGAAGCACAGGAACAAAAGUGAACAAUAUGAAAAAAGCAAGCAUAUAAAUCUGGAAGGCGACGAAGAAAAGGAUCAAAAGGUGUAUGCAACAAGGGAGAGCCAUACAAAAAUACACCAUAGGUCCGAAAAGGCGCACAAUUACCUUACUAAAGAGAACAAUAGUCAUGAAAACACAAGCAGCAGUAACAACAGAUCACACCAUGCUUGUACCAAAUUGAACAAGGGAAAACGAAAAAACGAAUUUUUAAAGCAGUGUGAAUUUAACAGGGAUGGAAGCUGCUAUUAUGUCAUUUCAAAUAACAAUCAUUUGAGGUUGUAUGCAACUGAUUUAUUGCUGCUAGAAUUUUUAGCUAAUAAUGAAAAGAUAGAUAGUGCAAACUUAUGUACACUAUAUGAAAAAUAUUGUAAUAUGGAUGAAUUAGAAAAAUUGAAGAGAAACAAUAGUUGGAUGAAUAUGCAAUCAAGUGAGUAUAUUUAUGACUGUAAAUUUUAUCCUCACUUCGAAUGGAAUAAUAGUAAUACAUGUUUCUUUUCCGUAAGCUCAAAAAAUAGGCCAGUAUAUAUAUAUAGUGCUUUUGAUGGAUCAGUUUUACUAUCCUUUAAAACACUAAGUGAAAAUUUCGAAUUAUGUAAUUGUUAUUCCUUAUGUUUUCAUCCAGAAAAAAAUUGGCUAUUAUGCGGAACGAAUAAUAGAUCGAUAAAAGUAUUUGAUUUUAAUAAAUCAAAUGAAGCUUUAGAAAAUAGAAUUUUAAGUACAAGAAAGGGGAAGGGACAAAAAGGAAUUAUAUCAACUAUAGAAUAUAAAAAAGAAGGAUAUGGGAAAAAUUCUAUUUAUGCUGUAGGAGAUUAUAAUGACUCUUUAUAUUUAUAUGCAGAUAACUGUGAUCAUAAAAAUGAUUAUAUUUUAAAAUUUCAAAAUAAAAAAAAUUCUAAUGGGGUAACAUCUCUUAAAUGGUUCAAUGAAUUUUACAUCAUAAGUGGUAGCAGAAAUUGUUCCUAUAUACACCUUUUUGAUAUGAGAUAUAGCAAAGAGUAUAUACAAAAAUUUGAAAGAUUUGCCUUAACAAAUCAGAAAUAUUUAUUUGACAUAUAUAAAGAUUUUCUAAUAUGUGGUGAUACAUUCGGAUUUAUAAGCGUAUAUGAUAUAAUAAAUAACAAAAUAAUACAUAAACAAUUAAUUAAUAAAUAUUCCCCCAUCAUAUCUGUCAGUGUACAUCCAGAAUAUCCUCUCCUUUUGACCGGAUCAGGGACGAGACGAUUUUAUACAAAUAAUAAUUGCCAAGUUGAUAUGAUCACAAGUUUGCUUUAUGAUAAAAUGAACAAUCAUGAUGAAAAGCAGUGCGAAACAAACCAUAUGGAAAGUUCUGUUCCUUUUGCAUCCGUUUCGCAGUACAUAAACAGUACCUGCACCGUCUUUUUCGACUUUCUGAAUUAA